AUUUGGGAAGAAAACUUGUACCAAGACAACAACGAUGAUUCCAUGCUUUGAAGAUUAGAACCAUGCCCUGGGAAAAAGCCUCUGGCUAUCGACACGAUCAAUGGCACCAAUCAUCUUAUACACCUCUAUCAAUCACCCCUCAUCCUCCAUUGCUGCAAGAAGAAAAGGCCAAGUUCACUCAAUGUAUUCUCAUAAGACAAGCUCUUCAAUCCAGAAACAGUGAUGCCCAACAUUUUGCUAUGUGACCUGAAGAUGGCAAGUGCCGCCCAUAAAGAGACCCCUGGAUAAAGACGAUUGGAGGCACUGCUCCCCCUCUCAGUCUUCGAAAUGUCAUGCUCCCUUUUUGCUGUUAAUAAAAGCCUAUCGUUCACUUCUGGUCUCCUCGAGUUAUUGAUGGUGCAUCAAUUUUAUUAACAGCGAUUUUAAAACAUGGAGAGCAUUUUACGACCCGACAGAUUGGAUCUCGACCCUCAAUCCCAGGAAGCUGGCAACGCAUUCAAACUCUGGCUAGUAUGCUUCGAAUCGUACCUGGAGGAGAUUCAAGUGACCGAGACCACCACGAUGCACAGAGUUCUCCUCUCCAGGGUCAGUCCAUGGGUCUACUCCAUGAUCAGGGACCAACCGAGCUACCAAGGUGCAAUGGACACCCUCAAAAGACAAUACCUGCGGCCGGUGAACACCGUCUAUGCAAGACAUCACUUAGCGACAUGGCAGCAGCGGGCAGCAGAGUCGAGCGCUGAGUUUGUCCGGGCCCUACAGACACUCGUGUGGGCCUGCGACUGGAGGGGGCUGACGGCGGAACAGCAUGCGGAGCUCCUGGUACGAGAUGCCUUCGUUACGGGGAUCAGGUCAAUGUACGUGCGCCAGUGGCUGCUGGAACACACUGAUCUUACCUUACAUUCGGCGGCUGAGCUGGCUGACAUGCUGGAGGCCGCUCUGCACAACGCUGAUGCUCUCCAGGUGCACGAUCUCCCACCGGCCUCAUGGACGCUGCAAACCCCGCAACCCGCCGGCGAAUCGUCCACGGUUGCUGCCAGACGCAAGAUCGCGAAGUGUUACUUCUGCGGACUCGAGUUGCACCCCCGAAAACGCUGCCCGGCCCGAGGAGCUGUGGAAAGAAGGGCCACUUCGCCAAGCCCUGUAAGUCCAAACCGCGAGCGGGGUCAAUUAGCACCACGUGCGAAGCACGGGGGCGGCCAUCUUGGUCGGCGCCACCUCGUACUGCCUACGUCCCAUGGGUGCUUACCAGGCACCCCACCAUGCCGGACCAAGAUAGCGAUUCAACUCUGACCUCCGUAACCCUCAACUAAAGCGCCCCACACCAGCUCGCAAGGUCAAUGAUGGACAUCCUGGUGGAGGGGCACAGGACUAGCUGCCUGUUUGACACGGGCAGCA